UUUAAAGGUGUCAUAGCACUAAAAUACCAAAAUAAUUAUGAAAGCUGUAUACGUGAAAAUAUGGCAAUUAAUGCCCUGCAAUACACACGGAGUUAAAAUGAGUUGACUUUAUUGAUCUUGGCUUGAAUUAAAUUUUCUACCAUGGGAUGUGCCCAAGGAAAGCAGACAUUUGGUGUGGAAAUGUGUGAAGGAAUUGAUUCCUACGUCACACCGGAAGAAAAAGAACUACUUCGAAGUUCCUGGAACAUCGUUUCCCAAGAUAUUUCUGGUGUUGGAAUGAACAUUUUUAAAAAAUUAUUUGAUAUUGAGACAGACCUGAUGAAACUUUUCAAACGCAUGCUGACGAAAGGAGAAACUGGACAGGUCGUGGUGGACUCUAUUCGUCUUGAGGGACAUGCUACCGGUGUGUUGAGGCAAAUCGGGUUGGUGGUGGAAAACAUGGACAACAACUCAGCGUUGACCACAACACUUAUAGCCCUGGGGGAAGUCCACGCCAACUACAGAGUGCGCCCAGAAAUGUUGCCGUUGCUCUGGCCGGCGAUACGAGACGCUCUGAAGAUAGCAUGUGAAGACGAGUUUACCCAACAGAUGGAGCUUGCCUGGAAACAUCUAUACGACUUUGUGACGUGUCACUUGUCUGAGGGCAUGGUCAUCGCCCAUUUAAAGGGGAAACGGGAUAGUUUCGUCGUCAGCUAUGAGUCAAGCAGUCUGUUAUUAUCACCUCAGCAAGAUUCCCAAAAUUCAAGCUCUCAAAAUCAACCCCGAAAUUCAAGCUCUCAAAAUCAACCCCAAAAUUCAAACUCUCAAAAUCAAUCAUUAAUGGAGUAAAGAUAAUAAAUACUGUAUACAAACAUAUUUAAAAUGUGAAGCUGAAUCAUUGAUUUAAAUAAU